AUGUUACAUAAAACGAAGCUAUCUGGUGGCGAAACGGAGUUCGCUGGUUUUGCUAGUCAUCUUAUAAUGAGAACCGCCGGCUUCGAAAUGACCGAAUCACCGCGACCGAAGAAAUAUACCUGCGGUGAAUGCUCUGCAACUUACGAUGACUAUAAGGACAUGGUGUGUCACCUCUUCUGGCGCCACGGCACUGAGAGCAUCAGCUGCUAUAAGUGCAAUGUUAGAAGGUGGCAGUUCGCAGUCCACAUCUGCCACGUGCUGCCCUAUGAUGAGAUCAUGGUCGGCGAGUGGGCUGCGGAGUCAGCCACGAGUAGCAGAGAAAGCUACUGCUACUGCGGGAAGGACGAUCGAGACUCACCGAUGAUUGGCUGCGACGGAGACGAGUGCCGGUACCAGUGGUACCACUACGCGUGUGUCGGCAUGACGGAGGCCCCGGACGGGAACUGGUUGUGUCCGACGUGCACCAAAUGA